AUGUCCAUCCUGUGGUUCCUCUGGAUGCACAAGGAAGGGAUCAGGGGCUUCCACAACGUGCCUACAAAAGUGCUUCCCUAUCCCUUCCACGUCCUCCAGCCGUUCGUGUGCGGGCGGUACAUAUGGAUGCACAACGGCGGGGUGGGAGGGUUCCACAAGGUGCGGAGAAAGCUGCUGGAGUCGCUGCGGGACGACGUGUACCAGCAGUGCCCCUCCUUCGAGUCUGAUUCAGCCAUCUGCUUUGCUCUCUUCCUCAACCAGAUCCAAGACCCCAUGCAGCAGCUCGCUCCAGAGGAGCUGGUGGCAAAGAUGGAGGCGACGAUCAACGAGGUGAACCAGCUGUGUGGCGAGGCAGGGGUGGCAGACGAGCUCUCUCUGCUCAACUUCGUUGUUUCCGACGGCCGCACGGUGGUGGCCACCAAGUACUGCAAUCUGCCCCACGAGGAGUGUGCGACGCUGUACUACGCGAGUGGCAGCCGGUUUGAGGCGCUGGACGGCAGCAGCAAUGAUUACUUGGUGCGCCACGCCGACCGCCGCGGGCUGCUGGGGAUCGUGGCCAGUGAGGGAGAGGUGGGGGGAGGGGGCGGAGAAAGAGGGGACAGGGUGGGUGGAUUGAUGCUGGGGAUUGUGGCCAGUGAGCCGCUCACUGAUGAGAGCGCGGACUGGAUCCAGGUGAGGAGAGAUGGCGGGGUAAAGGGGGGUGAUGGGGAUAGUAAUAUAGGUUGUUUAAGUGAGCCGCUCACUGAUGAGAGUGCGGACUGGAUCCAAGUGAGAAGUGUUAGAGGGGAAAGGGGGGUAGAUGAAGCUGGGCUGGCGGAGAGGGUGGGUGGGAUCGUGGCCAGCGAGCCGCUCACGGAUGAGAUCGCUGACUGGAUCGAGGUGCCGCGCAACACUGCGGUGGUCCCGCGCAACACAGCGGUGGUGAUGACUCGGUUCAAGGGCGAGUUUGUGGAUGUGCUGCUGGUGCCCAUCAACCCGCCCCCCUCUGUGGCUCGCGACAUCUCACGCGCCUUCAAGGCCCUCGCCAGCUGCCCACCCACCUCCCUCAAGGUCUCCCUCCGACGCCCCAGGCGAGCACAGGCCAGGAGGCGACGGGUGUCUGCUGAGGCUCAGCAGCAGCAGGUGGGGCAGUCUCCAGUUUCCAACACCUCAUCUCAAGCAGCGUUCUCUGCUGCAACGACUCCUCCUCCUCUUCCUGCUGCUGCUUCUCCGGCUGCUGCUGCGGCUGGCAGUGGAUCACCGGUGGUGCUACCAGCAGGAGGGGCGGCAGGAGGAGCGGGCAGCUGGAAGGAGGGUCUGCGAGACCUGGUCAGAGAUCAGGACGGCAGGGCUGCCACGGGAGACGAGGAGGAGGAGGAUGAGGACGAUAUUGAUGGGGACGCAGAGACUUAUGGGUAUCCCAGCAGUCAGUCUUGGAAUGGUGGCAUUAGCGGCAACGGCACAAACAGCAGCAGCAGUGUCAGAAGCAGGAGGUAUCCGCCCACCACAGUUCUCCCACCAGAGGGCAUUCCUCUGACAGACAGGCCGCGGCACGCGAUGGCGAAGCACCGGCAGCCGGUGCUGGCGCUGGCAGUGGAUGGUAACCGCGUGUUUGCGGGGUCGCAGGACGGGCUGAUCACGCUGUACGACCUGCGGGACUUCCGGUGCGUGUGCACGCUGGCGGGGCACAGCCAGACCAUCUUCUCCCUCUCCGUGCACCACGACCGCCUCUACAGCUCCUCCACCCGCGUCGUCAAGAUCUGGGACACCAAGACCUUCCGCCUCCUCUCCACUCUUCGAUACUCCGAUGGGGAUGUCUUUGCCCUCGCCCUCGCGCUCGGCAGGUCCGUCGCCGGCCCUGCAGGCACCUCCAUCGUUCGUUGCACCAGGGCGUCAGCUGCUGCUGCAGCAGCCGUUGCUAAGGGGAAUGGGGAGGGGCAGGGGGGUGGGCAGAAGCAGUUGAAGCAUCUGCACAGCUUGCAGCAUUUCGUGAUCCCCUCAGGUUCCUCCUUUCCCGAUGCCUCGGCCGUGCUGGACGCUUCUGUGUCACAACCACCUGGCUCUACUGCUGCUGCUGGUGCUGCUGCUUCUGCUGCUGCUUCGUCUGCUGGUGCAUUCUCUCCUUCGCCUGCGGCAGCGAAUCACAGGUCGCCAGCUGCCAUGGCAGCGGCGGCGGCUGCUGCAGCUGCAGUGGCAGCAGGAGGGGAGGGUGCAGUUUCUUCCACUGGUCGCAGUACGUCACAGAUAAAAGACCCUCAGUUAUCAGCCAGUGGAGGAAACAGCAACAGCAGCAUCAGCACUGAAACAGCGUCAGGGGGAGGAAGAGUGGCAGCAGCAGCAGCAGCAGCAGCAGCAGGGGCAGCAGGUGGGUCUAUGUGGGAAUCACUCUCUUCUGAAGAAACCCUUUGGCCCCAGGCUUCAGCACUUGCUACCCAACCUCGCGGUGCUGGGACUGCUGUUGCCGUCACUGCUGCUGCUCCUGUUGCCAUACCUCAGGCUCGAGCCCGAAGCAAAGGCCCAGGCUCAGGUCUGGACGGUGGUUCUACAGCAGUGGGGUCUGGUGGGCAUGUGGUUCGGGUUGGGUUCGGAGAUCUCGCUCAGUCGCUCUCACCCGAAGCUCACUUAUACAGCUACCUGGAAGGGGCGAGGUCUGGUGGAGGGUCGGCAGCAGGCUCGUUACGUGGCUCAGCAGGGAGGUCUGGAGGUUCGUAUAUGACAGUGGUAGGUGAGGGGGAGGAGGAGGAGGAUGAGGAGGUUGGAGGGAGGAGGGGUACGGAAGGGAAUGGUGGGAGUGGGGUGGGAUCAGGUGGGUACUGUGAUGGGCAGAGAGAGGAGGUGAGAGUGCAAGGGUGGCAUCAGGAGGUGAUUGGCAGGUUACCAGAUAACCAGAAUGUAGUUAUGAACGGUCAGGUGAAUGGUCAGGUGUUUAGUCAGGUGAAUGGUCAGGUGAAUGGCCUGCAGCCGCAGCUGCACGAUGCACAGGCAGUAGAGCAGCAGGAGCAGCAUCUACGAGGAGGGACGAAACCAUGUGAAGGAGGAGGGCUGGGAGGUACAGCAGUGGGUGGUGGUUGCAGUGAAGCAGGCAGUGUGGGUGGUGGUGGUUGCGGAGGAGCAGGGGGGGGAGCAGGAGGAGGGGGAGGAGGUGUGGGAGGGGCAGGCGUUGGAAUUGGUUGUGCGGCAGGAGGUGGGGGUGGGGUGCGCACGGUGUGUAAUUCCACAGAGGCAGCGCUGGUGCUGACGGAUUCGAACAAGAAUGGCCACUGCAGCCGCGUCUAUGCUCUGGCUGUAGCACACCCCCUCAUCUGUAGCGGCGCUGGCGACACCUUUGUCAAGGUGGGUGCCGGGCCGGGCUGUCUUAUCUCGUCCCAUCUCAUUCCCUUCCAUUUGUGGUGGCUGGUUAGUGAAAGGCGAGUGGAUGACAAAGCCGCACGAGAAUCCUGUCGAUUUGCUCUUCCAGCCUUGUCUCAACACCAUUUAAUAUCUAUCCCUCUUCCUCAACUUCAAUCUCUCUUCCAUCUUGUUGGCUCGCAGGUGUGGUCGCUGGUGACGGGCGAGUGGGUGGCAACGCUGCACGGCCACAAGGGGGGAGUCAUGGCGCUCGCCACAGCCGAUGCAGCAGCAGAAUCUUCUCACGGCUCCGCCUCCUCUUCUGCCAACCCUCUCGGCCCUUCCAAGCCUCACCAUGCGCCGCCGCACCGCGCCUCCAAGCCUCUGUGGCGCCUCUUCAGCGGGUCAAGGGACAACACGAUCAGGGUGUGGGACCUCUCAUCUCUGCUCUGCAUCACCACCCUCACCGGCCACACCGACGACGUUGUGGGGCUCGCCACCGGCCCUAACAACCGUCUCUUCAGUGCGUCAGUGGAUCACACCAUCAGAGUGUGGAGCAUGGUGACAUAUGAGUGCGAGCGAGUGUUCCUCCAGGAGGGUUCCAUCUUCCUCUCCAUUGCAUGCACGCCCACCGGGGUCGUCACCGGCUCCAGUGACGGUGUAGUGCGGUACUGGGAGGUGGACUCUGCCAGCGUGGACCAAUCACAGUCCGCCACGGAGGACAGCAAGGGGCUCCCCACCGCCUCUCACUCGCACCACCUCCCGCAUUCCACUCCAAGCUUCAAGCUCCAGAACGAGUCAGUGGCGGCGGAGCAGAGGCUGAUGGAGGACACACUGAGGCAGCUGGUGCGCAUGAGGACCGUCAGCACAUGCACCUCGCGCCUCGCUGCACAGGAGAUGUGGAGGGCGGCAAACGUUGUGAUGGGGCUGCUGGAGGACAUAGGGGCGGAGGCAAAGCUGGUGGUGGCGGUGGAUGGGACCAGCCCUGUUGUGUUCGGCCGCAUCGUGCAGGACCCCAGUCGUCUCACCGUCUGCAUAUGCGGGCAUUACGAUGUCACGGGUGCAGGCGAUGUGGAUGGUUGGAUGAGCGACCCCUUCGAUCUGACGGCUCAGGAUGGCUUUCUCAUUGGGCGAGGGGUGUCCAGCAGCAAGGGCCCGCUGAUUGCCUCCCUCUUUGCCAUCAAGGAUCUGGUGUGUUGGGGCGAGCUGGCAAUCAACAUUGUGUUUGUGAUCGAUGGCAUGCAGGAGAACGGGUGCAAGGGCUUCAAAGAGGCGGUGUAUGCCAACCUGGACUGGUUUGAGGGCACGGGGCUCAUUCUCAGCAGCGAUGGCGCGUGGAUCAGCGACCAGCACCCGUGCCUGAUAUACGGCAUGCGGGGACUGAUCUGUCUGACGGUGGCGAUGAGCGGGCCGCUCAAGGAUUUGCACUCGGGCACACACGGGGGCAGCUUCAACGAGCCACUCAACGACCUUGUCACUGUGCUCUCCAACCUCGUCGACUCCAACAACAUGAUUCUUAUUCCAGGGUUCUACGACGAUGUGAAGCCAUUAGAUGAGGAGGAGGAGGCGCUGUACCAGGGGCUGCACUUCCGAGUGGACGAGUACAAGGCACGCAACGGGCUGGCGGCAGUGACGGGGGGCACAGCACGGGAGGUGCUGCAGAGCUGCUGGCGCAGCCCGUCGCUGAGCGUCUUGGGCGUCUCCACCUCGCCCUCCUGCGCGCCCUCGUGGUCCUCCCUCCCCAAAGCUGCUUCCGCUAGGGUGGUGAUCCGGCACGUGCCAAACCAGAAUCCUGACCGCCUGGUGCAUCGCUUCCGGGCGCAUGUGGCUCAUGAGUUUGCCAAGCUGCGGUCUGCUGGCAACUCCGUGGCUGUCACUGUGGAGCACGUGGGCGACUGGUGGUUAGCAGACCCCUCCUGCUCCUUCUACCAGCUCGCAGAGAAGUGCAUUCAGAGCCACUGGGACAUGCCGCCCAUGUACAUCAGGGAGGGUGGCACAAUGCCGGUGGUGCCUUUCUUGGAGGCAGCCUUGGGAGCGCCGGCCAUCAAGAUUCCCAUCAGCCAGGCCACUGACGGCAGCGCGCUCCAGAACGAACGGCUGGAAUGGAGCCACCUCAUCAAGGGCAAGGAUGUGAUCAGGGACUUCAUCAAGGCUCUGGGGGAUGGCAGCCGCAGCUGCUGA